UUUUGCAAUACGACGAAUCUUCUGCGUAUCUCACGCAUCUGGUUUCCUACAACUUUAAAUGAUGAACUGUGAGUCCGUGUCCCGAGUGAUAUUUAGACCGAAUUUAAUUUCAACUUGGCGACCAACGUAUUGUUAUGAGCAGAACCCAUGCAUGCACAAACCCGAUUACCCGACUGCAUAUAUGGGCAAUACUUACUAAUGCCAGUAAUAGGAAAACGCUAAAAUAAACGACAACCGCAUAUUUUUAGAGCGACAACCUAACGACAGUCUAUGUACAUUUAAGUAAAAGCUUUUUUUUAACGCGUCAUUUAAAAAUCACCUGAAAGACAAAAAAAGUAUUUGAGGUUCUUCGUAUCUGACCAAUGCUGGCAUUUCGCAUAACAUCUGUGUAAGAAUGUUCCUAAUUGAAAAUCCAGUGUUAUUUUGUUACGUCAAGAAGUUCAGCUGCGCUGCAUAAUUCUGUUAUGCGCAACGCGAGAAAUAUCUGACAUACUGCCUUUUACUUUUGGGAUAUAACAGAUCGUUGCUUGCCUCGGACAUAAACGGAAUUUGUAUUCGCGCAGGAUUAUAGGAUCAAUGUGAUCAUGACGUUUCAGCGAAUGGUUCACACCUGGCGAUCCAACGGAGUGCGUUAUAUUUAAAGUCAACCGCGACGUGUGCUGAGGGAGAAUUUUGCCUGAUGCUAUACCCAAAAGAACCCACGCAAGCUUGCUGACAUCAUAUGCUUGAAAAAGGCUACAAAGAGUCUUUAUUUCCAAAUUUAUUUUAAGUGCAAGAGCGAGGUGAUAAUAUCUGCGACUGCGUUGGAACAACGGUAUCCAAAAGUUCUUGUAUCGCGAUUAAGGUGUUAACAGAUAGCAAUGAAGCUAUGACGUAGGGCAACUGAACUGACAUCUUCAAUCGACCGCAAUCGUUAGUCGACAAUGAAACUUAAGCGAUGUUACAUACAGGAUAAGACAAUACAGGCUGCAUUCGGAGCAAGUCGUCGUAUCAAGUAGACUGGUCAAGAACGGAUAUCGAUAUUUAAGUGAAGUACACGUUUUGAAUAACAAAUAUAAUAUUUGCGUCAGAAGUUUGUUUGUGUCCUACGCUGGUUGUCGUCUGUAUUUGGCUUUUGCCAACCAUUUCUGGAACGAAACCACAGUGAUUGCGAUUCCUCUGAUUUGAGAAGAAUACUAGCGUUAUGUCUUGGGCGGCAAUGAAUUAUACUAACAGUCACACAGAAUUUACUUUGACUGAUUUGGAAAUUGGUGUCCUCGCGGCCGUUAAUAUCAUCUUCAGUGUUGUUGGCUCAAUGGGCAAUAUCCUUGUUUGUUUCGCUUUUUUACGAUCGCCGAGGCUCAGAAAUACCAUGAACAUAUUCAUCCUGAGUCUAUCUUGUUCGGCAUUGCUUGUGUGCCUGAUUGCACAACCCAUGUUUGCGGUCAGUUUGAUAAAACACUAUCAACAGGAACAUAUCACGAAUGCAUUCGAAAAGGUCCGGAAGUUUUUCGCGUAUACGUCGCUAUUGGCAUCUGCCGGAAACUUGCUUGGAGUUACACUGGACCGUUUUUUGGCCAUAGCGAAGCCAUUCUGGUAUGGCGACCACGACGGAAUAAGACCAGAAGCACUUGUUUUCGCCGCGGCCGUUUGGUGUUUCGCUAUUGGCUUGGGCACGGGAGCCAUUCUCAAAGAGAUCAUCCGAUUGGCUGUAUUGAGCUAUGUGUUCAUCAUUGUGAUACUUGUAAUCAUUCCAUUGUACAUACGGAUUCUUCAAAUCGCAGCGAAGCAUAGGAAAAAGAUUCUAGCUACGCGGUCUCGUACUUCGAGUCUUGCCGUUCGCGAUCACCAGCCUCCCAAAGCCGCUUCUUCAAAAUACCGAUUCAGCAGACUGCAUCACAAGAUUGAUCGCAGCGCCCUUGUCACGGUCGGGGUUUUUUGCUUGGUAUUCGUGAUCGGCUGGUUUCCUCUUCUAGUUCUUCCACUGAUCUACCGAAUCAUUAAAGAAGAUAGGAGAUUGAUACAGGAUGUUUUUCAAUGGGUCAAUACGAUCGCGCUGUGCUCUUCCGCGUGCAACCCUAUAGUCUAUGCUUCGACGGACCAGCGUUUUCGCGAGUCCCUCAAGCUAAUGUAUCGCAGGUGGGUGACACGGAGACAGGAUCUUGCUACGAUCCAAGGGAAAUCCUCGCGCAGUAGUAAACACAGCAAUGAAAUCAGUAGUUAAACAUCGACUAAAUGGACCGUGAAAAGCAGUUGUUGGGUUUUGCUCACAUCAAAGUGCAUGCAGCUUCAGUGAUUUUUAUCAUCAUGGGAAUACGACAAUCAAAAAAAAAAAAAACUUCAUCAGAUGCAUGGAGCUCAUUCCAGAUUAUGAGGUAUCAAAGAACAAAACCUAUUUAUACAUUAUUGCAGUAUGAUUCAUGCGUUGGUAUACUGCAUGUAUACUUUCAUUGUAUUAUGAACUGCCCGCUAGUUUUCAAAUGCCUUCAACGGUUAGCGAUGAAAGAGAAAGUGAGCCAUUUAAAAAAUGGGAUGAAUGAAUGGGACCUAAUCAAUGGACCAACUGUGAGACUUAAGUGCAGAAGACUGAUCCACGUCGCUAAUAGAACUCUUCUAAGAGAUAAAGACCUACUGUGACAUGAAAAUCACAUUUGACUACUAUCCAUCCUAUAAUUCAGGCCGGGAUGCAUGCUGCUGGUUGAUAAGGACGCAAGCUACGACGAAACAAAACGCUGUUCGAGUCAUCGAGAUGUA